AUGGAGUCAAUACAUGAGAGAGUCAGAAAUUUUGAAAGUCCCUAUAAGGAAGAGUUAUGGUCCAGAGCUUCUCUGAAGUUCACGCCAUCUGGCUUAUCCAGGAGCUUGAAGGAAAACAUUAUGCUACAGAUCACCCAGCCAUUCCUUUGGGACUUUGAUCAUGAGCCGCUGCUUAACUACUCCUUUGGAACAUGUCAACAUAGGAAGAUCUUUCCUCACUUCCAUCCUCCAAACUUGUUGGGAAACAAAUUCCCCCCUAUUAGAGGAGCUCCCAACAGAGGGCCUGGAUGUUACAUAGCAGAAGAUAAGUAUGGCUUUGCAUACAACCUCUCUAAGAUCCCGACCAGUAAAAAAGGAUACACUCUUGGCGCCAGAACAGCCAUGAGAUUUAAGCCAGUUAGCAAGGAUGUGACACCUUACCCAGGCAUGUACCAGAUAGUCAAUGUUCGAGAGCAAACACACAAACCAAAUUUUGCUCCAUUUAAUGUCUUGUUGCCUCGCUUUCGGACUUACUCAAAGGACUCUUAUUAUCCUGGCCCUACCACAUACAACCCAGAGAUAAAGCCACCCAAGAGAGUCAGAUGGCCAAUGAAAUUUGGAUCUCCAGACUGGGCUCAGGUUCCAUGUCUACAGAAAAGAACCCUGAGAGCUGAGCUGCCCACAGACAAAGACUUUAGAAAGCAUCGGAACCGUCUGGCCUACCUAAGCCUGUACUACGACUGA